GGAAGAUGUUGGCUUACGUUGAUGGAUGACGGACAUUUGGCCUUGCACCCUUGGCAUUGGUUGAGGCUGCUCUGAAAGCGCGCGCGCGGGACUUCGGGCGGGUAUAAAAAGCGGCCGGGGUCGUUGCUCCCAGCUCCGACACUCUUGUCAACGACCAACUCCAUACUUCCAAAGGUUUACAUACUCUCAUUUUUGAAGAGCAUAUUCUUUACCUAGAUUACCACCAAACUUACGUCCAACAACUCAAAUAAUCCCAUCAUGCGCCUCGAACGCUUCUUUCCGAGUACCCUCCUCACCCUCUGCUUCUUAGCCUGCAGCCUAUCGCUCGCAACGGCAGCUCCAGCAACCCCUACAGACAAAGCCGCCCCAGUUGAAACCGUCAAGUCCAACUCCACCGCGUCUCCAACCUACGAACCGCGUCUCUUCGACCCUCCCUUCGGCGAGGACGUCAGGGCUUUGGAGGCUGCGUGGAACGCGACGGGGUUGCCUAUGUCGAGCGACGUUCGGUUGCCGUUCGCAAGAGUGGUCGGUUUGAUCAAGGGAAACCAGUGGGUGGACCCUGCUAAGCUUGAUGAUGCUAUUCAGACGGUUAUGGACCUCCUCCCCUCAGCCAACGCCACUAACAGCGUGCAACCCCUGACCGACGCCCUCAACAAACUCGAAACGGAUUUCAUCGCCGCCGUCCAGGCCCAGAACCUGCCCUACAAGCAAACUCCGACGAUAUCGCCUACCCCGACCGUGGGACCGCUUCCGGCCGGCAAUAGCACCGUCCCCAUUAUCACGUCGGCCAACCUUCCUGCGCCUACCGAUGCGUCUGCGACACCUCCUCCGUCGGCCAACACCUCAAGUGGUCAUCGGACAGCGAAUGUGGGGCUGGGCCGGGCGGCGAUUGCAUUCGGCGCCGCGUUGGUCGCGUUUUACUGGAAUGAUUUGCUGUAGGAUCGACCAAACGAGCCGCGAACGAGCCUUGCGUUUUGUAUUCAAAGAGCCCAUACUAGCUCUUCCACCUUUCCUUUGUAUUCAGAGAGCCCGCACUACGCUCUCAUGUCCAUUCCAACGUGUAAAUCUUGUCGAUAAAGGCCUUGUAAAUGCAAAGAAACAUAAACCUUUGACCGGGCGUCUGAUAAGUGACCCGGCAUGUCUCCUGGGGUUGCAUGAGUGUAUGUGGAUUUAUGCAUAAUCAUAAUCAAAAAUUC